AUGGCCCCAACCACAUCUACCCUCUCCGAGUUGACACGGACGCCGACACCACCGUCCAAUGAGUCGCAUUACCUCACCGCGAGCGAGGGCACCUCGGGCAGCGCCAGCGUGACCGAGCCUAGCAGUCCGGCCGGCGACUCGAGGGAUGACCUGAGUCGGCCCAAGGCUGUCUAUCGCGAUGCCGUCACUCUGCCGCGCGAGCUCAAGCUGCGCUGCCACAUCCACCUGGAGGAGCAGUACUACACUGCCGCCCUCAACCUGUUGAACAGCCUGCUAUGCGACGGCAUCCCGCCCGCCGCCCACGCGCAGACCAACCACCCAGGCUGCGUCGCGCCCCCCGCCCAGAUGGCGGUGCUGGCCACGCUCGCCAUCCACCCCAAGCACACCUCCAAGCUGCCGAGCUCGGCCGCCCACGACGUCUCGUCCCUGGCCCUGUCGUACCUGCGCACCGUCCUGGCCACCGUCGGCCCCGUCAACGCCAACCUGCGCGACGCCUUCCUCUUCCGCGGCGACAGCGGGCGCGGGAGCCGGCGGCGCAGCUCCGAGAAUGCCGCUGCUGGUGGGCUCGGCGGCGACGUGGAGAGCGACGAGGACCUCGUGCGCGGCAAGACAGCCAACAAGGGCAGCAUAUGGGUUCGCGGCCAGGACUUCUGGAGGGUCCUCGGCUGGGCCUUCAACUGCAGCGCACAGCACCCUCACCGGUGGCGGUGGUGGCAGCCGUGGCUUGAAUACAUGGUCGAUGUGCUAGAGGCGGACUACAAGGAGAGAAAGAGGCUUGACCUUGAGCGCGAAGGCUGCCAGGACGAGUACGAGUACCAGCUCCUCCAGGAAUCGCUGCUGGUGUCGUAUGUGGUGCCGAAAAAUAGCCGGGUCAGCGCCCUGAAGCCGAUCAUCAGCGCCUUGUUUGCGGAUGGCAAUACCUCAUCACAAGCCAUCUUCAAGGAAGUGUUUACGAGGGAGAACAAGGUUGCGUCCAAGACUAGCAAGAAGAGGAAGCGAGACCGGGUUGACCUCGAGAACGACAAGUUCGGCGACUACGACGACGAUUCAUCCACAGGGGGAUCGGAACCACCUACCCCAGAACACCUCCGGGUGCUAGCCAUGGACGUCAAGAACGACACAGCACUGUGGUCAGGCUCGUCAUUGUUGGACACGAUACCGCUCCGCCUGCGACUCUUCGCCUUGUUAUCCGAGGCAGCAUGCGACCUGCCGAGAACGUGCGUGAUCAGCCUGCCGGACCUCUACGAGAAGACCACAGAGCGGAUCUCGCAGCUGCCGGUGGUGGCGUUCUCCAAGUUCCUGGCGCAGCACGACACGCCGCUCAGCAAGGACAGCCUGGUGGCCAUCAUCCGCUGCCUGAUGCCGUACCUGCUCCCGGGCACGGCGCCGCGGCCGAGCGACGCCGACCCGGAGGUGGACGCGCGCGAGGACAUCAGCACGCGGAUCAUGGAGCGGUGCUACCUGCCGUUCGCGUACCGCACGGCCGAGAACAACGCCAAGCUGUCGCUGGCGCUGGAGGCGCUGCUGCGGCUCGACUUUUGCUCGUGGUCGCCGACGCUGCAGCACGCGGUGGAGAAGGGCGUCGCGGCCCGCAACGACAAGGGCGCGCCCAGGAAGGGCGGCCGGUUCCGGACGGACGGCGAGCUGGCGGCGCAGGAUAUGCUGCGCGCCUCUGGGAAGAGGCUCCUGGCGUGGGUUGAGAUCCUGAAGAUGGAGCACGAGAUGGAGUGCGACGAUGAAGAGUAG